GAUCUGUAAUUUCGAAUGAUAGCAUACAAGCCUAAUUAUUGUUUCAGUCGCGAGAACCAUUCAGUCAAGGAAAUAAAUAAAAAAAUAAGUCAUAUUUGCUCUAUAAUUAAGCAUUUAGGUACAGUUUUCAUAAUUAUAGGUCUUAAAAUAAUCAGCUAUCAAAAAAUAUCAGACGAAACCAAACCAGUUUUUAAAUAAUAAUGUCAGGUAUUUGGCGCGCGCACAUCUGGGCGUGUCCAAAAAGAGAUUACAGGAGCGCGCUUUUGACAAGCAAAGCCAUCACUUCAGCACGCAGAGCUCGAGAGAUGUGUUAAUACUGAUUAAGGAUUCGUAACUACGUGAUACAGAAAAUUAUAUACAUUUAAUAAAACAGCUUUCCAGUGAGAUUUAAAUUAUUCGAGUUUUUUUUCUUUACUUUCUGUGCAACGCAGACACAACAGGCUAUUUGGCGGUCAUUGUCAGAUAAGUAGCCUACACAUUUGUUUAUAGAGUUUUUAAAGAAUUUUUACACAUUUAAAACCACUUAGCUGUAACGUAAUCUGUUAAUGGAUCGUUUAAAGUUGGUACUGCAAUAUUUCCAGUCAAAUUCUGAGUCGAUCUCCAAUGGUAUCUGUAUAAUACUGUCACUGAUAAGCGUCAAGUUGUAUACUAGUUUUGAUUUCAACUGCCCCUGUUUACCGCAAUAUAACAAAAUGUACGCAAUGGGGGUCAUGUUCGUGCCUCCAAUUAUACUUCUUCUUUUGGGAGUGUUAGUUAAUCGUCAUACAGGGGUGCUAAUGGAAGAAUGGGUCAGACCCCUUGGCAAGAGGGCAAAAAAUCCGGCGGUAGUAAAAUUUCUGCUGUCAUCAAUGAUGCAACGGGCCCUUCUGGCACCCAUGGUUUGGAUUCUGAUGACACUGCUGGACGGAAAAUGUUUUAUAUGUGCAUUCAGCAUGAAUGUAGACCCCAAAUAUUUCACAGGGAUACCCAACAGCACUGGCCUGGAACUGGUCAAGAUCAUGGCUAAGGUGCCAUGCAAAGAAGAUGUUAUCUUCAGAAACAGCAGUUUUAGGAAAGCUGUCUCACGCUAUGUGCGUUGUUACUCUCAGGCAAUAGGCUGGUCAAUCCUCCUCUUCCUCAUUUUUUUGGGUGCAGUGGCUCGCGUCAUCAAGCCUUGCUUCAAUCACGCAACUUUUCUCCAGACACGUUACUGGAGCAAUUACCUGGACAUGGAACAGAAGCUUUUCGAUGAGACCUGUGUCCUUCAUGCAAGAGAUUUUGCCAGAAAAAGUGUGCUGCAGUUCUUUGAGAACAUGCGGGAGAACGUGACUGUGAGAAUGCCCCUCUCCAGUGCACCCAGAUACAGCACAGUGCAAAAUGAAUUUGGAGAGGAAGAAGAGGAGCGUUUGCAUGGUAUAACCAGACAAGAUCAGGUGGAUCAUUUGCUGCAAACAUGGUACGAAUGCAAACCAGAACUCGACGUGACCAAGAUGGCCUAUAAACCCAAAGCAUGUAUCACUUGGGAAGACCACAGUGGAAGGCCAUUAUUCUCUGAUGUGUAAAACUCAAAUAAAACUGAUCUCAAGGAAUCUUGCAAAAGAGAACACAAUGCUUUUAAUUGUGAUAUUACUAUCAGAUUAUUGUUGAGAACAUUCUGAAAGAUUUAGUUUUUACCUUGUUCCAGAGCUUGCAUGCUAGUGCAUUUGAAUAUGCUGGGAUUUAGUUUGUGUAAUUUUGCAUGUCUCUUUCCACACACAUUACACAACAACCUCAUGGAUAUGGCUUGGAUGCAAAUGACUGCUGAACCUCAGAAGCACCUGAAAAAAGACAAUGUAUUGUAUAUUUAUGAACAGUUUGUGUGUAUUUAUUGAUAAUAAAUAAAUAAUUAUAGUUUUAGCUCUAUGGGAGACACCA